GUGUGGACGGGGCCGUUGGUCUCCCCUAAUAAGGGCUGCAAAGCACACCACACUUACCCCUCCCCCUCUUUCUCUCUCUCUCACAAGACGCUUUCAGUGGCGGUUCUCAAACCCUAGCAAGAAACCCUAGAUUCUGCGCGGGGAAGUCUCUGGAAUAUCAAUGAGAGCUUUUUCUUGGAACCCUAGUAAUUGAGGGAGGUGUGCGUUAUUUUCGGAGAUUGAUUGAUGUGAUUGUGAGUGGUCGAUGGAAUUUGCGGCAAUCAAAGUAGAGCGUCGAGGGAGAAAAAGGCGAAGGAAUGGGGGUCAAAAUAAUGUUUCCACUGGUCAGCAAAUAGGUCCAGAGACGAAGAAGCGGGCAGUUGAGACGAGAUCAAAGGCAUUUAUUGGGCGAUAUGUGAAGAAGGAGUUUGUUGGGAGUGGAGUUUUUAUUGGGAAAAUUGUGUCUUAUGAUGGUGGAUUGUACAGAGUUGAUUAUGAAGAUGGGGACUGCGAGGAUCUGGAGAGCAGUGAGGUCCGCCAGUUUCUUAUUGCAGAUGGUGGGUUUGAUGACCACUUGAUGACAAGGAAGAAGAAGUUAGAUGAGUUAAUAUCAAACAAGGAUGUUAGUAAGACUAGAAAUUCCGAAGCGAAUGCAGUGGACUUGGCGAAUGGGUUAGAGAGGGCUGAAGUGUCUUCAUUGAGUGAAGUAAGUUGUGGCCCAACUCAUGAAACUGAUGCAGCGGUUGCUCAAGUUGAUGGCGAUGCUGAUUCAUCUAGUGAUUCCUGCGAGUAUGUUCAUGAUCAUGGUUUGGGUUCGGAGGCUGAAACCCCUGCUGUUCCGCCGCCACCGUUGCCUCCUUCUUCAGGCAACAUAGGUGUUCCAGAGGAAUAUGCUUCUCACCUUUUUUCAGUAUAUAGUUUUUUGCGCUCAUUUAGUAUCAGACUAUUUUUGAGCCCAUUUGGUUUGGAUGAUUUUGUGGGGUCAAUUAAUUGUGUUGUCCCAAACACAUUGGUGGAUGCCAUUCAUGUUGCUCUUAUGCGUGCAUUGAGACGACAUCUUGAAAAGCUCUCUUCUGAUGGUUCUGAGCUUGCAUCAAAAUGUCUAAGGUGUGUUGAUUGGAGCUUGGUCGAUAUGCUGACUUGGCCUGUUUAUUUGAUCCAUUAUUUAACAAUAAUGGGGUACGUGGAGGGGCCUGAAUGGAAAGGAUUUUAUGCUGAUGUCUUAGACAGGGAGUAUUAUAGCUUACCGGUGGGAAGGAAGUUGUUGAUUUUGCAAAUUUUGUGCGAUGAUGUCUUGGAGUCUGCUGAGCUACGAGCAGAAAUUGACAUGCGUGAAGAAUCAGAAGUUGGAAUUGAUUCUGAUGCAAUUGCAGCUAAUCCUAUUGAAAAUGGGCCAAGAAGGGUGCAUCCCAGAUAUUCUAAAACUUCUGCUUGCAAGGACCAAGAAGCUAUUGAGAUUAUUGCUGACAGUCAUAAGGCAAAAUCAGUUUGUAGCUCAAGUUCUUUGGGUUCUAAAGGUUUUGUAUUGGAUAGGGAUGCUGCUGAUGUUGAGUUGGAUGGAAAUGGUGAUGAAUGCCGCCUUUGUGGUAUGGAUGGAACCUUGCUUUGCUGUGAUGGGUGCCCAUCUGCAUACCAUUCAAGAUGUAUAGGUGUAAGCAAAAUGUCAAUACCAGAAGGGUCAUGGUUUUGUCCUGAAUGUACGUUUAACAAGAUUGGGCCGACAAUUACAAGAGGAACCUCACUAAGAGCAGCAGAAAUCUUUGGCAUUGAUUUAUAUGAGCAAAUAUUUUUGGGUACUUGCAAUCACUUACUUGUGCUGAAGGCUUCAGGAAAUGCAGAAUCAUGUUUCAGGUAUUAUAAUUGGAAUGACAUUCCUAAGGUACUUCACCUACUUUGUUCAUCUGUCCAGCAUACUGCUUUUUAUUCGGGGAUAUGCAAGGCAAUUUUGCAUUAUUGGGAAAUCCCAGACAAUAUUUUCUCUCUUCCUGCAAGGUCUCCUACUCUACUAUUUCCCCUUUGCAAGGAGAGCCAUAAAAGUAUUGUUGAGGGUGAGAAUUAUGCAAGCGGCUUGACUGAGGGUAAUGCGGAAAAUAUGGCAGCUACUUUUCCCGAUACCUCCUUAGAUACAUUGACUUUUACUAACCUUAAUAGUCUGCAUCGGGAAGGUCACACAGCAACAAAACAGGUUCUUAUGGGUGCUUUGCCCCCUGAACUAGGUAAAAUGGAACCAACAAUAUCUACUGGAUCGAUCAGUCAUCAAGCUGAUCCAUCAGACUUAACUCACCAGAGCUUGGCAGAUAGAAGUGUAAUAGACUUUACCACUUGUACCUCAGGAAACAGCAAUGGUAAUAAUAUUGAACAUGUGAAUGGUAUGAGUUUGCCAGCAAGCCUGUUUUCUCAAAGUAGAGGAGGUAAUCUUGAAGUUGGUGGAAGAGGUGGCAGAAAUUCAAGUGAUGAUUGUCUAUAUAUGGGAUCUUCUUUCAAACCUCAGGCAUACAUAAAUCAUUAUAUCCAUGGAGAUUUUGCUGCAUCUGCUGCUGCUAUUCUGGCUGUUCUUUCAUCCGAGGAAAAUCAGGCCUCUGAUGCUCAUGCUUUGGACAAUCCUAGGAAACUUUUGUCAGCUAGUGUUGCAUUGCAACUCAAAGCAUUUUCAUCCGUAGCCAUCCGUUUUUUCUGGCCAAAUUCUGAAAAGAAAAUUGUGGAAGUUCCAAGGGAGAGGUGUGGUUGGUGUCUUUCUUGCAAGGCCCCUGCUACAAGCAAGAAAGCAUGUCUAUUGAAUUCAGCUGCCUUGAAUGCCAUUAAAGGUGCUAUGAAGAUUCUCACAGGCCUUCGCCUUGUAAAGAAUGGGAAGGGGAGUCUACCUAGCAUUGCCACAUAUAUUUUAUACAUGGAGGAGAGUUUAUGUGGUCUAAUAGUUGGACGUUUUUUGAAUAAAAGUUUUAGAAAACAGUGGCGUAGACAUGUAGAACAGGCUUCAAGCUGCAGUACACUAAAGGCUCUUUUGCUUGAAUUUGAGGAAAACAUUCGGACCAUUGCUUUCUCUGGGGAUUGGGUUAAGCUGGUGGAUAAUUGGUUGGUUGAAUCUUCUGUAGUCCCAAAUACUGCAUGUGCUGUUGUAUUUACUCAGAGACGUGGACCAAGUAGCAGGCGAGGUAGAAAACAGUCUGCAAUUUCUGAAGUUACAGAUGGGUAUAGGAAUGAAAAACUAGUUGAUUUUAAGUGGUGGCGAGGAGGGAAGCGGUCAAAGGUUAUUUUCCAGAAAGGAAUUUUGCCAUACUCAAUGGUUAAAAAGGCAGCCCGACAAGGUGGCACUAGAAAGAUUUCUGGAAUGUAUUAUGCUGAAUCUUUUGAGAUUCCUAAAAGAAGCAGGCAGGCAGUUUGGAGAGCUGCUGUUGAAAUGAGUAAGAAUGCAUCACAGCUUGCACUUCAGGUUAGAUACCUAGACCUUCAUGUAAGAUGGAGUGAUAUUCCUCGUCCUGAGCAGAAUCUCCAGGAUAGCAAAGGUCCUGAAACAGAAGCUUCUGCCUUUAGAAAUGCAUUUAUCUGUGAUAAGAAAAUUGUGGAUAACAUGAUAAGAUAUGGAGUUGCUUUUGGGAAUCAAAAGCAUCUCCCAUCCCGCGUCAUGAAGAAUAUAAUAGAAGUAGAGGAAAACCAAGAUGGAAAGGAUAAGUAUUGGUUUUUGGAAAUUCAUAUUCCAUUAUAUUUGAUUAAGGAGUAUGAAGAAAGGUCAGUGGAAGUGCUAUUGCCUUCUGAUGGGAAACCCUCUAAUGGAUUAUCGGUCUUGCAAAGAAGGCAACUGAAAGCUUCCCGCAGGGAUAUAUUCUCCUAUCUUGCACGCAAGAGAGACAAUUUGGACAUGUGCUCUUGUGCUUCAUGUCAAUUGAAUGUUUUUAUUAGGAAUGCAGUCAAGUGCAGUGCAUGUCAAGGCUAUUGUCAUAUGGAUUGUACCAUCAAUUCAACUGUUCAUACAGGGGUGGAAUUUGAGAUUUUGAUCACCUGCAAGUUGUGUUACAAUGCAAAUGCUUCUACCCAAAAUGAAAACAGUAAUGAGUCACCUACUAGUCCCUUGCCCUCUCAAGGACUAGAAUAUCAAAAUGUAGUGACUGUCAAUAAAAGUGCAAAGCAAAAACGAAGUCACCCAACUGCAGGUGUUAAGACUCUGGAGAGUUCUGAAACAAAACUGGCUUCUUCUGUUCCUAGCUUGGCAACAAAACGUCAGCGUAGUAAAUGUUCUUGGGGUAUCAUAUGGAGGAAGAAAAACACUGAAGAUACUGGAUUUGAGUUCAGGCUUAAAAAUAUAAUUUUGAAGGGUAAUCCUGAUAUGAACUGGUCAAAACCUGUUUGUCACCUGUGCCGUAAGCCAUAUAAUUCAGAUCUGAUGUAUAUCUGCUGUGAGACUUGCAGAAACUGGUACCAUGCUGAUGCUGUAGAACUUGUGGAGGCAAAAAUCUUUGAUGUAGCGGGAUUCAAAUGUUGCAAGUGUCGUAGGAUAAGAUCACCUGUGUGCCCUUACAUGGACCCUGAAAGCAGGAGGCCAGAGAGCAAGAAGAGUCGCUCGAAGGCAUCAAAGCAAGCAAGUGUGGGAGUGGACUCCAAUUCUGGGCCUGUCUCUGACCAAUCUAAAGAGUGGAAGGACAGCAUGUUCAUGGAGCCUACUACUCCAAUACUUGUCCCCGAGGAGGAACUGUUUGCAGAACCAACUGCUCCUGAGGAGAAAGUAAUUGUACAAGAAGAUGAUUCUCAUCUAUUAUCUGUUUCCAGAGCUGACCAAAUUAAAGAGCCCAAGUCAGAAGAAAAUUUGGAAUGCGAUGCAUCAUUUGCACCAGGGCCACAGAAACUACCGGUCAGAAGGCAGGUGAGGCGUGAGGAUGGAGAUGGUUAUUCUGAGAACAGUCCAUCUUGUAUUCAAUUAUCUACACCCCUUGAAGCAGAUAACCAGACCAAUUCACCAGUGAAACCAUCAUCGCCAAUUUUGGAAUGGGAUGCUUCUAUUAAUGGUGUUGGAGAUGAGAUGAUGUUUGACUAUGAAGACCUUAGUUAUGAGGAUAUGGAAUUUGAACCCCAGACCUAUUUUUCUUUUAGGGAACUGCUGGCAUCAGAGGAUGGAGGUCAGUUGGAUGGAGUUGAUGCAUCUGUAGGUUUGUCAGGUAACCAUGAAAAUUUAUAUUCUGCAAAUUCACAGGAUGGAGUUCCUGAACAAUAUGGAUUAGUUGCUUCUGAUGAUCAGCAAGAUCCUUCGAUUUCUGUGGAGCCAGUUUUUGAUAUAGUGCAUUGUCGGAUGUGUUUACAAAUGGAACCGGAUCCUGAUCUUUGUUGCCGUACUUGUGGCCUACGCAUACACAGUCAUUGUUCACCUUGGGUUGAACCGUCCUCACCUGAAGAUGACUGGAAGUGUGGCCACUGCCGUGAGUGGCGGUAGCUUAUCCUGUUUUGUGUAUGCAUUGGAUUUGUUUUGUGCUUUCAAAUUUUCAGAGGGAGUUGUUCUUGGUGUCUGAAGGCAGCUUUUACUGAUUGAAUCCAGCAAUGAUGAAUCAGAUAUGCAGAUAGCCAAGUUUAUAUUAGCAGUUCUGAAAAGUCUUGUAGGACACUGUCAACAUUUUGAAACCAAGCCAUUUCUGCAACUGGCUGUGGCUCAGCUGCUUCCUGGCAGUUCUUUUGUCAUAUAGGGCCAUAUUAUUGGUUGGAAUUUUGGUUAAGGUAAAACUCCAAUUAUAUGGUUGGUGGGCUGGCAUCUUCAUCGUUGAGAGUUAUGGAGACUCCAGUGCCCUGAAGGGCGUUUGGGAACGGUAGAAUCACUACCCAUGCUAUCAUAUGAAUACGAUCUUGAAGAUGAGCAGAUUUUUUAUGUGCUCAUCUGAUUCAAGUGCUUGUAUAAAUCAAAGUUCAUGAGAAUAUUUUUGAUUGU